AUGCAACAACUCACCACGCCUUUGCUUCCGCUCGUUGAUGCGGAGAGCAUCAAGGGCAGUGCUCUUAUCGACGCCGUCUCCCGCAUCGCCCCCGUUCUCGUUCCUCAGGACCUCGUCUCGACGCUCCCGGCCAAUGUCGCAUACCUCGUGCUUGCCGAGCCAUCACUCUCCUACGACGCCGCAGCCGAUCUACUUGAUGCUGGUGCCGAGGCUAUCGUCACUGCCGACACUCAGCUCAUCCAACAGUUUGACGCUACCAUUGCGUCGGCUCGAUUCAUUUACCUUUGCGCGUCGGGCGCUGCUCCUGUCGCUGAAGUGCUCAAGUCGGUAGCAGGCGCCGUUCUCACUUUGCCCGCAGCUUCCGCCAUCGCUUCUUCGUCACAGCUCAUCAAGACGACUGCCGAUGUGCUCCAAACCAAGACGUCUGGCAAAUCGCUUUUCGUGCUUGCUACUUCGGGUGUUCCUACGGUUCAGGAUGUCCAGGCGGUAGCGCAGCUCACUGCCAGCCUGAUUGCACCAUCUUCUGUGCUCGGAGUAGCUGCUGAUGAAGCGCACAAGCAGCAGGGCAAGCUUGACAUUGUGGAUGCGUUCGUGGCUCCUCUCACCUCGGACCGUACCGACGGUCUGUUUGCCACCACCGUCGUUUCGUCUGCCUGCACCGCAUCGCUCGGUCUCGUCUACUCUUCGCCUCUCUCUAUCCGCAAAUCUAUUGUCACUGGUUCGGCUCACUACCAGUCGCGCAACCGCGGUCUCUGGCACAAGGGCGAGUCGAGCGGCGCUACCCAGCAAGUGGUCAGCAUUCGCCAGGAUUGCGAUUCGGACGCUAUCCAGUUCGCCGUUCGUCAGUCGCGUGGCACUUUGGCAUCUGGAUUCUGCCAUCUGGAGAAUCGCGAAGGCUGCUUUUCUUCGGCUACCGGUCUCGCCAAGCUCGAGGCUACGCUCAAACACCGCCUCCAGACGGCUCCAGCUGGUAGCUACACGGCUCGUCUGUUUAACGACGCUUCGCUGCUGGGUGCCAAGCUGCGCGAAGAAGCAGCCGAGCUGGCGGAUGCCAACAACAAUGACAAGAAACACGUCGCUUUCGAAGCGGCCGAUCUGAUCUACUUUGCGCUCACCAAGUGUGUCUCUGCUGGCAUUGGGCUGGAAGAGAUCGAGGCAUCUUUGGAUGCCAAAGCCAAGAAGGUUUCGCGUCGCAAGGGGGAUGCUAAGCCUGCAUUUGCUGCGCAGCAAAAAGCUGCCGAGACCCAGCGCGCCGCAGGUACUCCAGCUGCGGCUGCUGAAACGGUCAAGGAUGCAUCUGCGCCCAUCAAGAUCCAGUCUUACCGCUACGAAGAUCUCUCGGCAGCUCAACGAAAGGAACUGCUCAAGCGACCCGCUCUGCGGACCGAGCAAGUCAUGGACAUUUGCCGUCCCAUCCUGCGUUCCGUCAAGGAACGUGGCGAUGCAGCGUUGCUCGAGCUCACCGAGAAAUUUGACAAGGCGAAACUGACGAAUGCUGUGCGCCUGCCGCCUUUUGUUGACGACUCGGUGAUGGCGCAAAUCAAGCCUGAAGUCAAGGUGGCGAUUGACAUUGCGUACAACAACAUUUACAAGUUCCACAAGGCGCAGAAGACGACGUUUGGCAACAAGAGCGCCGGGGCGACUGGAAGUGGAAGCGCAGAUGGGUCCGAGGGAGCGCAAGAUGGCGUGCUUGAAGUCGAGACGAUGCCCGGUGUGGUAUGUCGAAGGUUUGCUCGACCUAUCGAGUCGGUUGGAUUGUACGUUCCGGGUGGAUCGGCUGUAUUGCCGUCUACGGCGCUGAUGCUGGGAGUGCCUGCGCAAGUGGCACGGUGCCCGACGGUUGUGAUUGCUACGCCGCCACGAGCGGACGGCAGCAUUUCGCCCGAGGUUCUGUACUGUGCGUCGAAAGUGAACGCCAGUGCGAUUCUGUGUGCAGGAGGAGCGCAGGCGGUGGCUGCACUGGCUUACGGAACCGAAAGCUGUCCGAAGGUGGACAAGAUCGUCGGUCCAGGGAACCAGUUUGUUACAGCUGCCAAGAUGUUGGUGCAGAACGAGACGGAUGCUAUCGUAUCGAUUGAUAUGCCGGCUGGACCUUCCGAGGUGCUUGUGAUUGCUGAUCGCGAGGCGGAUGCUGCGUUUGUUGCGUCGGACCUGCUAUCUCAAGCGGAGCAUGGACCUGAUUCUCAAGUGGUGCUUGUCGGUAUAGCGCUUAGCUCGUCUGAGCUCGCGGCGAUUGAAGCCGAAGUGGACCGUCAGGCGCGCGCAUUGCCCCGGGUCGACGUUGUACGACAAGCGAUCGACAAGUCGGUCACUGUGAUCGUCCCCGAUCGUGCUACCGCUAUGGAAUGGUCAAACGCCUACGCUCCCGAGCACCUCAUCCUCCAAACGCGCGAUGCAGAGUCUCUGGUGGAAUGCGUGCAAAACGCCGGCUCGAUCUUUGUCGGUCCCUGGUCGCCCGAAAGCUGCGGCGACUACAUGAGCGGCACCAACCACUCGCUCCCCACCGCCGCCUACGCCAAAAGCUACUCCGGCGUCAACGUCGCCACCUUUGAAAAAUGCAUCACCUCGCAAUCACUCACCCAACAAGGCCUCAAAGGCUUCGCCCAAAACGUCAUCGACCUAGCCAUGUGCGAAGGCCUCCAAGCCCACGCCAUGGCCGUCAAAAUCAGACUCGACAGAAUCCAAUCCUAA